UCUUCAGUUUAUUAGGUGCCAGGAAUUCACAGGCCCAAAGGAGAUGCCUCCCUCUCCAGGCCCUGCCACGUGCUAAUCAAAUCAAACAGUUCAGGCCAGCACACGGGGCCUAACCAGGUGGGCCUAAGCUCAUGGGAGCUGGGCAAACACUGGCUCCUGGGGGGUGGGUAUAGCACUAUGAAGUUCCCAACCUCAGUCCACCGAGACAGAGGCAGAGAAAGUGGGUGACGGAUCGAGGGCUGUGGCUGCCAGUGGCACCAGUGACGCUGUGUGGUGAUGGCAGGUCAGGGACUCUCUGGGGCCCUACACAGCGCAUGCCCAUUCCUCAAGCCAUGGUGCUGUGCCAGGGCACUGGCUACACAGAGAUGUGGGUACCCAGCUUGCUGGACCAAGACACGGCGGCCGAGGCUGUCCAGCAAUCAGUCAGCCGGUUGCCCCUGCUGGUCAGGGGGUGCCAUCCUGACACAUGCCUCUUCUUGCCUCAUCUUUGCCCCACUUUGCCUCGAUAGGUGGGGCAGGGGCUUCCAGGUAAGGGUGGGGGGCAUCUCCCCAGCGGGGACCAGCUCUGGUAGCUCUUCACUACUCACUGCUGUGUGCCUACCCGUGCCAGGGGCGGACAAGGAGAGGAAGGACUGUUUGGUCAGGGUGUUGCUGGCAGAGAGAAGGAGCAGAGGCCCAGGGGACAGAGGACACAUGGGCAGGGGACUAUCCCUGGUGAGCACCCUUGGUCUGGACCCACAAAUCAAAAAGAGCUCUUGAAUGGUGAGGCCGGGCCAGUGAGCGGGCUGCUUUAGGCUGCGGGGCUGACCACCCUCUCCAGGAAGGUGUGCAAACUCUGCCCACAGGAUCCUGCCAAGAGACAGAGCCACGGCUCACCUGGUGGCUUUUUCUCUCGCAGAGUCCCGAGACUGCAGGACUGACUCCCCAUCCCCAGCCUCACCUAUCCUGGGAACAGCAGCCCCCUCAGUUUCUUCUCUGCAGAGCAGGGCCCUGCCUAGAGCCUCAGGGUGCAGCCUCAGCAGCAAGAAUGGGCUCUUUCAGAACCUGAGGAUGGGGCCCCUCUGCUCUUUGCCAACCCUAGUCCUGGCCGGAAACUGCACGGUCCUGCAGGCCUUUCAGGACGAGAGGGAGGGCCCUGCUUUCUCCCUCCAAGGUUCAUGUACUCAAGCCGCAGCAAGCUGCAUGCCCAUCAUGGCCUGCCAUGGCCACCCCCGGCCAGCCAUCCUGCCCUGCGGAUGCUUCCCUGCCAGCCACAGCCUCUGUGCCUGCCAUUCUCCAACGGCUCCCACCCGAGUCUCUGCAUUGCUUCUCUCAGCUGGUCUCACCCUUGCUCGGCUCCAGGGGCUGCAAUCCACCCUUUCAAAUCACAACUCCCCGGGACCAGUGCCACGUGCCGGCUGCAGGGACUGCGGGUUGCAGGACACCAGCUGGUCCAAGGAGGUCCUUGACAGACUCUACACUAGCAAUUUUGACUCCCUCUUGCUGCUGCCCUUCGUGGAUAUGUGCAGACCAGGGUCCAGAGACACUCCAAGCUUGCCCAGACCAGCAGGAGCAGGGCAGAAGUCCACUUCCGUGGUCAUAGUGAGCGGCCCCUUCCUGAACCAGCAGUGUUCUGCCUGGUAAAAGGCAGGCAGCUGCGUGUGCCAGGCAGGCACAACUGGCUUUCUGCAUCUCCCAGCCCUCUGAUGCCAGCCGGGCUGACCCCUGCUACUGCCACAAGCCCCAGCACCCCACGCUGAGACUGAGGGCAGGCGCGAAGCCCCGGGCGACGCUCACCCAGGCACGAUGCUGCUUGUCAAGCCCCAGGUAGACUCAGUUAUAUCUUCCUGACCUUUACCAAGUCCACAGUUCUGGCCAAGCAACAGGCCUGUGGGACAGCAGAGGCGGGCUGGGGGUGGGGGUGGGGGGUCCAUGCAGAAAACUGUGUUAAGCUGCUCACUAACCUGAACUCAUAUGCACUUACUAAAGUUCUUUCUCUAAUUCUGCACUUCCAGUGUCUUGUAAAGAGAACACAGGGGUCUUAAGUAGCUGCUGAAUUGUUUUUUUAAGCUGAAUAAAGGAUAUGUCUGGAAAUCCUACAAUAAAGAGGCCAUGGUUUUAAAACGCA